AUGCCAUUUAUUAAAGAAUUCAAUCCUGUUGCUUUGAAUGAUACUAACUUGUUUAAGCCAAUUAAAGUUGGUAAUAAUGAAUUGAAGCACAGAGCCAUCUUACCACCUUUAACAAGAAUGAGAGCUCAAACUCCUGAUCAUGUUCCUCAUAAAGAAUGGACUGAAAAGUACUAUGAUCAACGUUCUAAGAGAGAAGGAACUCUAUUGAUUACUGAAGGUGUUUUCAUCUCCAGACAAGCCGGUGGUUAUGACAAUGCUCCAGGUGUCUGGUCCGAAGAACAAAUGACUGAGUGGAAAAAAAUCUUUGCUGCCAUUCACAAGAACAAAUCAUUCAUUUGGCCACAAUUAUGGGCCCUAGGUUGGGCUGCUGAUGCCAAAUGUAUGGCUAGAGAUGGUUUAAGAUACGAUGGUGCUACUGACAACGUUUACAGUAACGACCAAUAUGGUAAAAUCGCCAAGGAAAACGAUAUCAAGAUCCAUGGUUUGACUAAGGAUGAUAUCAAACAAUACAUUAAGGACUAUGUUGCAGCUGCUAAGAAUGUCAUUGCUGCAGGUGCUGAUGGUGUUGAAAUCCAUUCUGCUAACGGUUAUAUGCUAAACCAAUUUUUAGACACCAACUCCAAUAAAAGAACCGAUGAAUACGGUGGUUCUAUUGAAAACAGAGCUAGAUUCCCAUUGGAAGUUGUUGAUGCUUUAGUUGAGGCUAUUGGCGCUGAAAAGGUUGGUAUCAGAUUCUCUCCAUAUGGUACUUUCAAUGAUAUGAUUGGUGGCGCUAAUCCAUUAACUGUUGCCCAAUAUGCAUACAUCACUGGGGAAUUAGAAAAGAGGGCCCAAGCUGGUAACCGUCUUGCUUACAUUCAUAUUGUUGAACCACGUGUUACCAACCCAUUUUUAACUGAAGGUCAAGGUGAAUAUGUUGAUGGUACUAACGAUUUCUUCUAUUCUAUUUGGAAGGGUAUCAUUAUAAGAUCCGGUAACUUAGCCUUACAUCCAGAAGUUGCUAGAGAAUUCAUGAAAGACGAUAGAACCUUGUUAGGUUACGGUAGAUUAUGGAUUGCUAACCCAGAUUUAGUUGACAGAUUAGAAAAAGGUUUGCCACUAAACAAAUAUAACAGAGAUUUAUUCUACGCCAUGACUUCUGAAGGUUACUUGGAUUAUCCAACUUACGAUGAAGCUAUCAAUAUGGGUUGGGAUAAACAAUAA